AUGAAUCUCACCCCGAGUGUAGACAGUGACCUCCCAUAUCAGGCUAUGUUUGGAAGAUUGCCAAAAUGGCUUAUGAAACUUCUACAUGUGUUUGGAUGUUUAUCAUGGGUAAACAUUCCUAAAGCUAAAAGAGAUAAUAAGAAGCUUGACCAAUGGGCCAUAGCAUCCAUAUUCCUAGGAUAUAGUUUAGAAAGGAGAGGUUGGCUUUUCUACAGCCCAGACUACAGCCCAAACAUAUUCUGGAGUAAUUCAGCAAGGUUCAUGGAGACCAAGUGCUGGUCUGACAGGAUGGAGUGGCAACCAGUGACUACACAGUCACCACCAGCUCUAGCAAACGAGGAAAACUUCGACGAUCUAAGAUACACAGAUGAGAACCUUUUCGAUGAGAGGGAAAAGGAACCAUUGCAGGAAUACAUGGACAUGGAGAACAUCGAUGAAACAGACCAGGAACAGAUCUCAAAUGAAGUUACCAAGGAAACGAUUGAACACAACCCCGUUGCCGAUAGAUGGAAUAAUGAUAAACUUUCUGGAUUUACAGCGAUCAGUGACAACAAAAGGAAGAACAUGGACCCAACUGUUAGUGAGGCACUAUCUGGAGAAGAUAAGAAACACUGGGAGGAAGUGAUGCAUAAGGAGCUGGAUGGACUUAAAGCCAUGGGCAUGUGGGAAGUCACUGAUCUCCCAAAGGGCAUGACUACUGUCGACAUGCGUUGGGUAUUGAAGAUCAAGACGGAUGCGAACUUAAUCCCAACCAAGUUCAAAGCAAGGUUAGUGGCACAGGGCUUCACUCAAAGAGAGGGUAUUGACUAUAUGGAGGUCUUCGCUCCCAUAGCACCUAUCCAGUCAAUUCAAGGAGUUUUGGCUAUGGCAACCAUAUGA